GGUAGGACUGUGUUAGCCUUCAGGGAAGACAGGAGAAAGAACUGGUUGUUACAACAGGCCAACAAGGUAGAACCAAAAAGACAGCAGAAAGAAUGGACUGAGAAGAGUCCCCAGUGGUGGUGACCUGCAACAACAUGGCCUACAUGUGCAACAAGUGCAAGAUAGCAGCCCUGUUACAAGAAAAAGUAAGAGUGGUAGAGCAGCAAUUGUCUGCCCUCAAGAUAUAAACGAUGAAGAUUUUUUAGGCAAAGCACUGGAACUGCAACAUCUAAGAGUAGUACAGAAGCUAGAGUUGCAACAGCAGGCUGAGGCACAGAAGAGGAGAAUCCUGAGGGAAGGGAAAAGGAGGAGGAAAGUCUGGAAAAGGGUGACAGUGAGACUGGUGGGCAUCCUGCCAUGCAAUUCAUUCCAUGCAAUACUGAACAAGAGGCUAAAGGUCAACCAAGUAGUAACAAUGAUUCCAAGGCUUGCAAGAACAAGAAGAGUAUUAGUUGUGGGAGACUCCUUGUUGCAUGGAUGGAAACACAUGUAUGUCAAGAAGAACCAUGGACUCAGCAGCUAUUUUUAUUUCUGGGUUACCUCGUCAGAACAUUGGUGCAUGAAUGGCAACGGCAGAUGACCUAAAAUUUCAAGAAUUUGAUGAUGCAGCCAACUUGUUGGCAGCAAAUCCAGAUGCUGUGACAAUAAGCAUUGAUGAACCUGCUGAGAAACCCAAGAAAAAGCAUGGACAUCUGCAAGAUUCUGGGAGAGAGGAGGAUGAUGAGCUAUUGGGAACAGAUGAUUCUGACAAAACUGAGCUACUUGCUGGGCAGAAGAAAAGUGCCCCGUUCUGGACAUUUGACUAUUACCAAACAUUUUUUGAUGUGGAUACCUACCAGGUCCUGGAUAGAAUCAAAGGCUCUGUUUUUCCAGUACCAGGGAAAAACUUUGUAAGGCUUUACAUUCGAAGUAAUCCUGAUCUUUAUGGUCCCUUUUGGAUAUGUGCCACAUUAGUCUUUGCCAUUGCUAUCAGUGGCAACCUUUCAAAAUUCUUCCUCCAACUGGGCAAUCGUAAUUUUCAUUAUGUGCCUGAGUUCCGGAAAGUGUCCAUAGCUGCUACAGCCAUCUAUGCUUAUGCUUGGUUAGUUCCUCUAGCUCUCUGGGGAUUCCUUAUGUGGAGGAACAAUAAAGUUAUGAACAUUGUCUCCUACUCAUUUCUUGAGAUUGUGUGUGUUUAUGGCUAUUCACUCUUCAUUUAUAUUCCAACAGCGAUUUUGUGGAUUAUUCCGCAGAAAGCUCUCAGAUGGGUUUUGGUGGUAUUUGCUCUGUGUCUUUCAGGAUCUGUCUUAGUGAUGACAUUUUGGCCUGCAGUUAGAGAUGACAGCCGAAGAAUUGCAAUUGCUACAAUUGUGACACUUGUACUUUUCCAUGCCUUGCUUGCUGUUGGUUGCUUGGCAUACUUUUUUGAUGACCCUGAACUGAAUGAAUUAACACCAACUCUAUACAAUGGAACAGUAGGAACAACAAAGACUCGGUAAUUAAGAAAAACUCCAAGAAGAAAAGAUGUAAUUAGCGCACAGUGACUUUUGAUCUGUAGCACAUCUGGAAGCAUCCAUGGUCUUCAAGUCCAACAUUGUUACCUUCCCACACACCUAAAGAAUGGGCAGCAGCAGUUUCCCUAUAUGGGAAAAACUCAGAUGUAGUCGAGUGAAGGAUAAACUAGUUACCUGUUCCUAGUGUCAUGGUCUUUUAGAACCAGGUUUUGCUCACAUCUGUAGCUUGGUUCCAUUCUGAGUUUUAAUUCUUGGUUACCAUAGGACAUAAUAUUGGAAACUGGCUUAUCACUCUUCUCUCUUUAGACAGUUCAUUAAAUGAUAGACAGCUAAUUUAAAAAUCACUGUUUCCAUAAUUCAGUAUGCUUGCUUCAGUAUCCAUGUGGGUAAAUGUCAUAAAUGUGAUCAAUUUUUGCUUCCAGAUGAAUAGCCUUACUGAUAUUGAAAUAGGAUAUGUGGGGACUUGAAUGGGAAAUUUGGUUGAAUUCAGAAUAUAUCAUAUGGAAAUAACUAGAGUGUCUUUGGUAAUACAUGGUGCUUUACUUGUACCAGAUAAGGUUUUUUUUUUAAAUUUAAUUUAAAGAUAAAUUGCAAAGGGGUGAGCAAAUUGUCUCUUAAGGUGGCCCUUGGCAAGAAAUUAUUUCAGAACUCUGGCAGGAGUCCUUCUUCCAGCAGCCAGCCUCCUUAUGUGAGGCAGAAGAGGGGUGUCCAGGACAAAGGAGUGACUUGACCCACUUUUGGCUUUAGCCCCAAUAUGUUGUUCCUGAGAAUGCAGCCUUAUCAAGGGUUAGUAUAGUUGGGCACCUGCUGCAGGCCCACACCACAGCAGGAACCCACUGUCAACCCCUCGAAUUGCUCUGCCUGCUCAGGCAACAGGUUGCAGUGGGGGUCACCUGCAUCUGGCUGUGGGUCAGACAAUAGCAGUGGUGAGGAGCAGCAGCAGCAGAUGUCACUCUCUGCUGGCUGAUUGGCGCUCUGGGUGACAUGGACGUGGUAACAAGGAUGAGAAAGGAUGAAUAGCAGCUGGUGACAGUGCAGUGAUGCCACAGACUCACCUUGGGAGGGGCCUGUUGAGAAUGCCUUGCAGAAGGGCCCUCAAACCCUGGAGCCAGCCCUGCCUCUCCUUGUGGGAGAACUUGAUCAACUGGACCUUCUAUACUUUGAAUAAUCCUUAUAUUCUCAAUACUAGCUGCUAAACUUUUCACCCUUACAGCUGCAUCUAUUUCUUCAUCUGUGCAAUAUUGUUUUAUUGGGGCUUUCCAGUACUAUCAAAAGAACAGCCAAAAGAUCUGAAGGAAACAUCAGUGAAACAUUCUGAAUUCACAGUAGCUGACAGUUGAAUGACCAACUACUAACGGACUUUAUUGAAAUUCUGCUUUGUUGAAGCAAAAGGUGAAAUAGGUUUCAAUGCUGUAGAUUUUAACUGUCCUGAUGUAUGAUUUUUUUUAAAUCUUCUGCAUAACUUCAGUGUUUGUCAUCAAAUAAAACUGACUUGAAAUACUA